ACACACACACACACACACACACACUCACUCACGGGGGGAGAUAACGGAUUUAGGAGAGUUUAGCGGAGGGAGCACAGAUAUUAUGCUGCACCGGGAGGAGACAGGGUCGGUGCCGCGGAGCUGCGCGCUAUGUCCGGUGACGGGAGCCUGGUAGCAGACGACCCGAUGGGACGUCCCCGCUGAACGCAGGUGUUUAUCAGCUGAGAGCUCGCGGUCGCAUGUGUGUGUGAGAGCCCCGGACACCGAAGGCGGCGGCAGCAGCAGCAACAAGUGGAGCUUCGUCGCGGAGAGGCCGACUCUUCCCCGCAGCCAUGGAGGAGCGCAAGGAGCCGAGCGGCGGCCGGGACUCGACCGAGGAGGAGAGCAUGUCGCUGUCGCCCAACCUGCCGUCCCCGCCCCUCGCGCUGCCCCACGCCGCCGCGCAGCAGGCGCACAGAACCACCAACUUCUUCAUCGACAACAUCCUGCGGCCGGACUUCGGCUGCCGGAAGGAGGCGGGCUGCCGCCAGACGCCGGGCCGCGAGAACGUCAACCCGCUGGGGCCGCGGCCGCCGGCGCACACCGGCAGCCUGUGCCUGGACUCGAACUGCAGCAGCGACAGCGCGUCGUCGUCGCCCUGCUCCUCGUCGUCCAGCGCCUCGUCGCCCUCGUCCAAGCAGAACUCGUCGUCGCAGCAGGGCGAGGCGGCGGGCGGCGGCGGCGGCACGGGCCGGUACGGCGCGGACAGCCCCGCGGCCAUCAGGGUCCUGAGCGGCGGCAAAGGAGCGUCCGCGCCCGCCUCGAAGGAGAGCCAGCCGAUGCUGUGGCCCGCGUGGGUUUACUGCACCCGGUACUCGGACCGGCCCUCAUCUGUUUCCACGCCAGGCCCAAGGACACGGAAACUGAAAAAGAAGAAGAGCAGCAAGGAGGACAAGCGGCCGCGGACAGCGUUCACGGCCGAGCAGCUGCAGAGACUGAAAACAGAGUUCCAGGCCAACCGCUACAUCACGGAGCAGCGGAGACAGUCGCUGGCGCAGGAGCUCAACCUGAACGAGUCGCAGAUUAAAAUCUGGUUCCAGAACAAGAGGGCCAAGAUUAAAAAGGCCACCGGCUACAAGAACGGCCUGGCGCUGCAGCUCAUGGCUCAAGGACUUUACAACCAUUCGACCACCACGGUGCAGGAGGAGAAGGAGGACAGUGAAUGAGCGGCCCGGGUCGUUUGCCUGCUCAGGGCCGCCGCCGCCACGGCCACGGCCGCCGCCGCCGCCACCUUGACUCUUUGUCUUUUGGAGCUAAUGAGAAAGAAAAGAACUGCCGGUGGAGGGAAGCGCUAUUUAAAAACACAGAUUUCUGUUUAUGGUAACAGUAUAUGGACAUAAUUAUAUAAAUGAGCGAUCGUUAUUAAAGUUUAUAUAGCCACACAGUUAUCAAGUUGUAUACAGUAUAUUUAAUUUCAGCCUCACCUCCUCC